UCACAAGCCCCCUCACCCUUCUCAUGCUUUCUUAAAUAUAUUCUCAUUUAUCUCACCACACUCAACCUCCUAUUCUUUGGCUUCCUCCCUUUCCCUCAACACAAUAUAUCUCCCUCCCUCUCUUCCUCUCCCUCCCCAUUCCAUCCUUCCUCCUCCUUCCCCUCUCUCUAAAAUCCCAAAGGAAGAGAAGGAUUGGAGAUGGCAGGCCACAAGGGAGAGGACUUUGCUUCUCAAACAGAGCAGGUAUCAUUGGAGAAAAAAUAUGGAGGCAUAAUGCCAAAGAAGAAGCCCUUAAUCUCAAAGGAUAAUGAAAGGGCCUACUUUGACUCUGCUGACUGGGCCCUUGGAAAGCAAGGGGGGAGUGUGGGCCAGAAGACUAGAGAUACUGUGGAGAAUCUAAGGCCCAAGCUGCAGAGAACACCUCAUCAUCAGCUUCCUCCUCGACGUCCAGCUUGCACAACUGUCAAAGAUAAUUAGGCAGGUGGAGGUUGAAGGGACUGUUAAUGAGAAUUGAAGAGUCUUACCGAUAUCUGUUUGAACGCAAUGUGUAUACAAUAUGUAAUCAUUUGGUAUGAAGAUCUCUUUGUUAUUGAUGUGGCUUUGAGAUCUAUUCAUCAAAGAUCAUAUGCUUCCAGUGGUCUAACUAUCUUUCACUUGAGAAGAAUCUCUUUCAUAUUUAGAAAUGUUUUAAAUAGUUAAUAAGUUUUUAGAUGAGAAAUGGAUCUUAAAUCUUCAUGACCAUUAAAGGAAGCUUUUUCAUGGCUUUUUUCUUUAA